AUGUUCAAUUUAAUAACACGGGUCCGCACAUUUCUCGGCGACCAGGCCGCCCCUCCCCCAGGCCCCUUGAGCUUGCCCAAAGUCUCCAUCCUCGGCCUCCCCGACGCCGGCAAACGGGCCCUCCUCCAGCAUGUCAGCGACAGUCCCCUCAGCCCUGUAACCGUACACGGAUGCCACGCGGGCUGGACGAGCAGCAGCCCCUCUCGCGAGCUAAGCUUCAUCGCCGCGGACGUAGGGUUGAGUGCAAGGUUAGGCUGGCGGGCAGCCGUCGCCGCGCGGUACGCGGACGCAGACGCCCUGAUCAUCGUGAUCAACUCCGCCCACGCGAUCGCGCUGGAGGAGCUGCGGUACCAGGUUGACUGUCUGGUCCACGGGAGGAUGGAGUCCGGCGAGAUGCAGACGUACUGCAUUGCCAGGAAGGGGAUUCCGUGGCUGGUGCUGGUGAACUUUGAGGGGGGUGCCGUGGUUUGUGACCUUCCUGGGUCUGCUGGCCCGUGUGAUUGCUAA